CAUUAACGUCAUAAUAUUUGGUUUCUUCGUGGAUAUCGCGCAGUCAAAAUUAUGUAAGAAAAACAAAAAUAAAGCGAAAUUCCAUGUUGUAAACACUGUUUAUCUCUAAUCUGUAUAUUAUUAUGCCUACUGGGCGUGCUGCUCUGUUGUUGCGGCGUCUAUCGACGGGUGAUAAUAGGUUCAAAAGUCUUAACUUGAAUCAAAAUACUACGAAAGAGCCGCUGGUUGCUAACCAGGUUUGCAAUCACAGGGAUUUAGGCUUGCCAAAAAGAUUAUCAACAUUUGGACCUAACAGUAUUGCCGUCCCUCAACUUACAAGAAGUUUCAGUGACAAUAAGAUAAUAAUGGCAACUUCAAGUACUGAAGCUCCUCCUGUAGAACAACCAAAGCAUACCAAUCGCUUGAUCACUGAAAAGUCUCCUUAUUUACUUCAACAUGCUCACAAUCCUGUGCAGUGGUACCCAUGGUGUCAGGAAGCCAUUGACAAGGCUAAGAAGGAAAACAAGCUGAUCUUCCUAUCGGUAGGAUAUUCUACAUGCCAUUGGUGCCAUGUAAUGGAGAAAGAAUCAUUUGAAAGUGAGGAGACUGCAAAAAUAAUGAAUGAACACUUCAUCAACAUCAAAGUAGAUCGCGAAGAGAGACCUGAUAUUGACCGUGUUUACAUGUUGUUUAUUCUGGCGACAAGUGGCGGUGGUGGCUGGCCCAUGUCUGUUUUCCUCACGCCCGACUUACGCCCUGUGACUGGCGGAACAUAUUUUCCUCCUGAGGACCGCUGGGGGAGACCAGGUUUCAAAACGAUUUUACUGUCCCUUGCCAAAAAGUGGAAAGAAAAUCGCGAACAAUUCUUGGAAGCAAGCUUGAAUAUAAUGGAGGCACUGCAAAAAAUUUCUUUGGUAGAUGCAGACAGUUCCAAUUCAGUUCCUGGAGAAGCAACUUGGGAGAAAUGUCUUCGCAGAUACAUGACGAUUUAUGAACCAGAAUUUGGUGGAUUCGGAACAGCUCCUAAAUUUCCACAGUCUUCCAUAUUUAACUUUCUCUUCCAUUAUUACGCUCGUGACAAAAACAAUGCAGAAGGUAAAAAAUGCUUGGACAUGUGUCUGUACACGUUAACCAAGAUCGCUAAGGGUGGUAUUCAUGACCAUGUAUCUAGUGGGUUUGCUCGAUAUUCAGUCGAUAAUGACUGGCACGUCCCUCACUUCGAAAAAAUGCUUUAUGAUCAGGCCCAGUUGACUGUUGCUUACACAGACGCUUAUCUUGCCACAAAAGACGAAUUUUAUGCGGACGUUGUUCGAGAUAUUAUAAAGUAUGUGAACAGAGAUCUGCGCCACGAAUCCGGCGGGUACUACAGUGCCGAGGAUGCUGAUUCGUACCCAGUGCAUGGAGCUGCUCAUAAGAAGGAAGGGGCGUUUUGCACUUGGGAAUACAAAGAACUCAAGUCCCUUCUACAGGACAAGAAAAUUAAUUCCGUCUCAUAUUUAGAUGUAUUCUGCGAUUACUUCAGCGUAGAAGAGAGUGGCAAUAUUUCGCCUGGGAGCGAUCCGCAUGGAGAACUUGCCAAUCAAAACGUAUUGAUUAUUUACGGUACUAAGGAGGAGACAGCACAGAAGUACGAAUUGACAAUGGAGCAAUUCAAUCAAGUUAUAUCGGAAUGUGUGGAGAUACUACAUAAUGUGCGCCAAAAGAGACCUCGUCCUCAUUUGGAUACUAAAAUACUCUGCUCUUGGAACGGUUUGAUGAUAGCUGGUCUAGCGCAAGCCGGACAAGGGCUGGGGGACAAACAAUUUGUGGAAGACGCCAUCAAAACUGCCGAGUUUAUUCAGAAGUAUCUGUAUGAUGAUACGAAGAAAAUAUUAUUGCAUUCUUGUUACAGAGCUGAGGAUGGAUCGAUUGCUCAAACGGACGAACCUAUUAAGGGCUUCCUAGACGAUUACGCGUUCUUGAUCAAGGGCCUGCUGGACUUGUACGAGGCUUCUCUGGACUAUCGUUGGUUGAAGUGGGCGCGUGACCUGCAACACAAACAGAACGACUUGUUCUGGGACUCUGUUAAUGGUGGCUAUUAUACCUGUUCUGCAGACGAUACUAGCGUGGUACUGCGACUGAAAGAAGACCAAGACGGUGCCGAGCCUUCAGGCAACAGCGUAUCUUGUCACAACUUACAGCGUCUCGCCGCGUACGCCGACAAGAGCGCGGCGCCGGAGGGUGGUGAGCGAGAACGUGACAUGGCUAUGAAACUCCUCAAGACUUUCUCUAAGCGGCUGAUUGAUUCACCCACCUCGCUGCCCGAGAUGAUGUCCGCUCUCAUGUUCUUCAAUGAUUCUCCUACGCAGGUGCUGAUAGCAGGCGGUUGCUCAGACCCUCGUACAUUAGAACUAGUGCGUGUAGUGAGGUCGCGGCUACUGCCCGGCCGAGUGCUGGCUGUGGCCGACCCUGCCGCUGAGUCGCCCGCCGGUAUGUCCGACAUACUGCUGAGCCGCAUCAGGUCAGUGGGCGACGUGCCGACGGCAUACGUGUGCCGGCGCUACGCGUGCUCGCUGCCCGUCACCGACGUCAAGCAGCUCGAGAACUUACUCGACGAGCCUCCCGCCGCGCCCUCUACCAACAACAAAUGAACUGCAAAGAAAAUCAUACUGUUCUGCAUAGUAUACCCAUUCACUAUACUACUCGUCAACUAUUUCAUCACCACAUACGCAAAGAAAUAGCUUAAUAAAAGUUACCAGUUUAUAAUAGUAGUGAUAGGAAAAUUUAGUGGCAUAUUUUCAGCUUGCCUUGUGUACUGAAUGGGAAUGCUAUAAAAACAGGCAAAAAUGGACAUUGAAUAAAAUUUUAAGUGGACAGUACUCAGUACAGUGGAAUGGUUAUAGUUAUUGUUACUCUGCUACUUAUCAAGUACUCAUUAACAUUACAAAUCCAAGCUUAUUAACCUAGUCAUCGUGUAACACUUACGGCAGAUAACGUCAAUUGUUAUUAUAUUAGUUGUUCAACUAAUGUUUGUACGAGUCUCAUGACAUUAGUAUUAGGCGUUUAGUAGAUAAUCGUUCAUUACUAACAGUAUAUUACUACGUAGUAUGAUGUAGUGUAUUUUUUAGGAAUUAAAAGUAUGUGAAGUUUAAAGUCUCAAUGGAAGUUAUGACGAAAGAAAUCUCUUAAGAGAGAUCUGAAAUGUUUAGUCUGAUGUAUGUGAUAGUGUAAUUUUGUCUGAAACUUGAUACGUUUUAUAGGCAGCAAAAUCAUUAGCAGCACUAAAAUAGAUUUUAGAAGCUACGUUAUAAAAAAAAAUACUUGGAUAUUUGUGCAGUUACACAGUAACUUAAUAUUGUUAAUUAUACGAUUGGUAAUUUAUUCGUUGUUAUACUUAUUUAUUGGAAAAAUUGUAUAGUCGUCGCUGGAAGUAAAAUCUUUUGUUGAAGUUGUGAUAUUUUUAUGUAAUAAAUAAUGUUAUGAA